AUGACACAGCCUCUCAAGCACGUAGUUUUCGACGUCGUCGGCACCUGCGUAUCAUUCGACGCCUACUACGAACGCAUAGACUCAGUCUUGGGUGCAAAACUUCGCCAUCAUUACGUAACACCGCAACACUUCGGGUACACCUGGCAGACAGCUGCUGAGCUGGAAUUCACCUUCUUGUCCAUCUCCGAAAGCUACAAGCCUUACAAGGACAUUCUCCGAGGACUAUUCUACCGGACUCUCUGUCUUUGUGGCAUCGCCGAUCCUCGGGCUAUAGCUACUGAAGAGGAGCGGGAACAGUGCAUCGAAGGCUAUUCCGCUUUACAGCUGCGACCUGGCUGUCGGGAGACGUUCCAGUUGCUGCGCGACAACGGCUUUACAGUCUGGUGCUUCACCACCGGAGAUGUGCAACGGGUCAGAGGCUAUUUCGAGCACGCCGGUGUAGACAUGCCGCUGGAGAAUUUCAUUAGUUGCGACAAUACAGGCGUGGCUAAACCCGCUCUCCCCGCCUAUCAGGCUGUAUGGAAACGACUUGGAGCAAACGAUGUGAAAUGGUUCGCUGCCGCGCACAUGUGGGAUGUCGCAGCAGCCACAAAAGUCGGUUUUCGUGGAGCGUGGAGCUCGGUGUACGAGAAGGAAGCUUGUCUCGACGUUUUUAGUGACGUGAAGUUAGAGGUGGUAGCUGGAGGUCUCAUGGAAAUGGCGCAGGAGAUUGUAGAUAAGUCUCAAUGA